AUGAGAGCGCCACGGAUCCAGCAAUUUCUGAGCCCCUUCCUCCACAAGGCCCCCGUCGCACCGACGUGCCAGGCCAGAUGGCUUCAUAAGACGAGAGAAAUCCCCGCCGUUCCGUCACCGAUACCCCUCGUUCCCGAUGUCCCGACCCUCCUCAAGGUUCUCGGCCGCGGCCUGAGCCAGCACGUCGACAAGUUCCCGACAUGGGAUUCUCUCUUCACCCUCUCCUCGACACAACUCAGAGAGCUCGGCUUGGAACCGCCACGGACGCGACGCUACCUCCUCACUUGGCUCGAUCGAUACAGGAAGGGUGCAUUCGGUGCCGGCGGCGACUUUAAGCAUGUGGAGAACGGGGAGGCGUACCUGAAGGUCGUGCGCGACCCCAAGACAGACAAGAAGCUGGUCGUCAACGUGCCGGCGCACACCGACGUGAGCAACGCAGACAUCGAAAAGCUCACGAGGCCGUCAGGAUACACGGUUCGCGGCUCGCACACGAUCUCUGGUCCCAGCGCAUUGCCCCUGAAGGCCGGUGCAGGCGCGAAGGUCGUCGUGUCCGAGGGCAUGUGGGAGCACAAGCAGGGUCACAAGGUGGAUGGAGGUGAGCGCAGAAGGGCAGAGACUCGCUUCAGGAAGCGCAUUGCCGCGCGCAAGGCCGAGAGGGAGGCUCAGGGUCUACGAUAA